CAUGGCAGCUAAGAGCUCCGUGGAAAAUUCUCGUCUACCGCCUAGCAACGAUAACUGGAUGGCCAAACUUCCUCAAAAAUUACAAAACAUACCUCUGAAUCAACUCUCGAUACCAGGUUCCCAUGAUUCCUUCUCAUUUGGGUUGGACAGGUCGUCUGAGAUUGGACCAGAUACCGCUCAGACAAUCCGUGAUUUGGUGAAGGUGUUUGGUGCAAUGGCCAAGGAUGUGAUCUACCGCUGGUCUAUGACGCAGAGUCUGACCUUCACCCAGCAGCUGAAUGCUGGGAUCCGAUACUUCGACCUGCGUAUCUCGACGCGACAAACCUCAAGUGAUAUCUUCUUUCUGCACUGCCUGUUCGCACACAAGGUUGAGCCUUGUCUGCAGGACAUCAACACUUUCCUGGAACAGCAUCCCAAAGAGAUUGCCAUCCUGGACUUCAACCACAUGUACGGUUUCAAUGAAAGCACCCACCAGCAGAUGCUGACCAUGAUCCAGGGAGUGUUUGGCAGCAAGCUCUGCCCUGUCCAGGACAUGGAAAAUCUGACCCUCAGUCAGCUGUGGAAGGACCAUCUUCAGGUGAUCGCCAUUUACCACCAAGAUGACUUGCCCAGGGAGUGCAACAACAUCUGGCCGAAGACAUCCGUCAGGAGUCCAUGGCCCAACACUACAGAUGUUGAUCAGAUGAUAAAAUUUCAAGAGCAAGUGUUUGCUGAAAGCCACACAUGUAAGGACAUUUUUCUAGUUCACCAGGGAGUGCUCACUCCAGAUGCUACGUACAUUAUGAGUCGAUUCACGGGAAGUUUAAGGACAGAUCUGGUUGCCAAGGCUGUCCCGGCAUUCAUAAAAUGGCUACAGAUGAAGAAAGCAGAUUCAAAAAAUUUGAAUAUAUGUGUUAUUGAUUACGUGGAAAAAGAAGGUUUUAUUGGGCAAGUUAUAGAGUUUAAUAAGUGAAGAAUGUAGGCCAUAAAGGAAUGGGUUUUAUUAUUAUUAUUAUUAUUCUGCUUCAUGCAGGUUAGAUUAUUUUAAUCAUCUAUGACUGUGAAUAUUGAGUUAAAUCUUUUUCAUCAUAGUGUGGAAAGAGUCUACAGAAUUAUUGAAAGGACAAGUUAUCCAUCUAAAUUUGAGAUUGUUUACACCAGCAUACAGAAUGGAUUUUAGAAGAUUAUGGAAGGGACCAGUUACCCAUCUAAAUUUGAGAUCGUUUUCACCAGCAUACAGAAUGGAUUUUAGAAGAUUAUGGAAGGAAUCAGUUACCCAUCUAAAUUUGAGAUUGUUUUCACCAGCAUACAGAAUGGAUUUUAGAAGAUUAUGGAAGGAAUCAGUUACCCAUCUAAAUUUGAGAUUGUUUUCACCAGCAUACAGAAUGGAUUUUAGAAAAUUAUGGAAGGGAUCAGUUAAAAAAUUUUAUUGUAGAUUUAUUUUCACAAAAAUACGGAAGAAUUUUCACAAGACUAUUGAUGGAUAAAUUACUUGCAAUCUUGUUUUAUUGAUUACAUUGGAAUAUUUUAGAAGAUUAUUGGAGACACCCAUUUUUGUUAACCAUGUAGGAUUUUUUAUUUUUUUUAUAGCAGAAUUAAUUGUCCUUAUUAGUGAUUUUAGAAGA